GACGGCAGUAGAGCGAGUGAUCCCAUUUGUCACAAAAGAGGGUUUUUAAAAAAUACGUCAACAAAGAAGGGGACACAAGUAGGAGGAUUUUAGGGACAAACUCGCCAUGUUUAAUCUUAGGCUGAACGCCAUCUUCUCCUGUUUGUUCGGGCUUGUGACCGCUCACGCUGACUACUUCCUGAGGUCACCGGAUGUCGACACCCAGGCCGGUUUUUUCCCGGAUUCCGGCUUUUUGGGCAGUAAUCAACAGUGGGAAACACAUUCGACUGGAUUAGUCUACAAUACGCCAUCACACCACCACUCUACGUACAACGGCCCACCCGUUCACAACCCAAACUAUAACAGCCAACCCGGUCACAGCCCUGGAUACAACAACCAUCCUGGAUACAACGGCCAGGUCCCUGGAUAUUCCAGCCAGAUCAGUGGAUACAAUCCACACAACACUGGAUACAUCAGCCAGACUUCUUUAUUCGAAGAUCCAACACCCAGUUACAGUAGCUACAACGUUAACCGGCAAAUUCCGGUCGUUGAAACGGCUGAUGGAAUAUCUAAACGUUUACAACGAUUAAUGGCGGCACUGUCCCACCGAAAAACCCACACAGCGAAUAAGAGCCUGCCCGCAGCAACACACGUGGAAGACCCCGCAUUUUUACACAUGUUUACCGGCGCCAAGGACAACAAGGGGUAGAACUCUGGUCGCCUACGUGUCUGACUGAGUGAAAGCUGCUUGUCUGGUUGUAGAUGGGGGGUGAAAUCUGUGAUGUGCUGUACACUAAUUAAAACAAAAUUUAAAUU